CACCUACACUUUACGCAGAUAUGGACUUCAAACAUAUUUCCAUAGUGUUCAUUUUCGGGAUUCUGUGGUUGGACAGUUCGACAUCACAACGGCCGGGAAGAUGGCCGAACUGGAAGAAAUUGAGGAACACACGUUUUCUGAAAAAUGUAAAAAGGAUAAAGUACGGACAGCCUGUAUUUUCCCCGCGAGCAAUGGGACUCUUACGAAAAGGCUGGGGAAAGAAAAAUAUACACAAUAAACUAGAUAAAGCUUUUGGUAGAUGUGAUGUGCCUGACCAAGACGCGGUGAAGACUAUGUUUCCGGGGUUAUUUCAGUCGGUUGGUGAUAUUAACAAACUUCUCGAGAUGCAACAGAACAAAGCAAAGAAACCAGCGUCACAGGCGGAUUUUAGUGGUUGGCAUGCAGUACCGUCCAGAAGAAUCCAUAUUCCAAACACAGUAUCUGUUUCUCCGGAAUCUAUCUCACAGGUAGCCUCUUCUGGUACUCCAAGUGAUGGGAAAACGCCUGCUGGGAGUUUUAGCCGGAGACAGGAUUCGUUCAUUUGUAAUUGUUGUAAAGUAGAUCGAUAUUUUGAGACUUAUGAAAAUAUAACCGUGGGCACUAUAACGUAUAACGUCAUUAAACUACCAGGCGAGGGCCAGUUUUUCGCCAUAGAAAGAUGUCCAUCGGAGCCACAGUGCCUUUUCGGGGGUUGUAUACAGAGAUAUACUCGACAACCCAUUCUCAUUUGGAACGAUACCAAGCCUUAUCAUCCUCCUCUAGAUUUUGCCCAUUUUGACUUUCCGACCCAUUGUGAGUGGGCUAAUAUCGGGCAGUGAUGAGUGAUAAAAUAGGUCGAACGCAGUUCAUUGCCCACUCGGCAAAGAAAGACUACGUGAAAAUCAACGAGAAAACGUAUACACAAAGAUACAGUGCAUGUGUUCUGAAACAUGGGAACUAUAACAAAGCAAUGCAAGUGUGGCUGUUUAAUACGGUUUUCACGGGUACACUUUUUACUUAUACACUGUCACUGUAAUCAAGCCAAAGCAAAUGGAAUCUACUAUCGGACAUUGAUAGUAGUGAUUAUAAACCAUACCUCGAAUGAUUUGGCUCAUCUCUUUUUGUUGUUGGUACAUCUAUGUGCAUUAGUUAGAAUAGUAAAUAAAGCAGCUAAUUUAUGUAAAAUUUAGAUAUCUCUGUGAAAUUGAAUAACAUUCAUUUUACAUUUU